CUCCGAUUACAGUGGCGUUGUCACUUCACCCUGUCGCUUCCCAGAAACAGUGAGAGAGAUGUAUCACGAACAAACUUGGGGAACUGUGAGAGAAAGGUUCAAGAAAUUCCAUACACAAAAUUCUUUAUAGUUUCAACAAAAAGAAGAACAAGAGUGGGUUUCUCUCACAGUCACCGUCUCUUCCGCCGUGCCGUCGCCGGACCCGCCAUGCUCCGCCUCCCCCAUUCCUUUCUCUCUCUACCCUUUUACUUUUCCCUCUCUUUAUUGCUUCACAAGAAUUGUAAUUAAGAGAGAGAGAGAGAGACAGCGCAGUUUCUCUUGACCGAAGAUCUUUAUUAAAAAAAGGAAAAAAAGAGUGCUGUUUGUCAAUUUUUGAAGCUUCCCUUCUUCCCUUCUCUCUUUUUCUUCGGUUUUUUUUUUAAUCCCUUUUGCUAUCUCUUUCUCUCUUUUCAAUUUGUCAAACACCCAUUUUCAGGAACUAAAAGAUGGGUUAUCUGUGAUCGAGGGAAGAGCUGAAGCAGAGGUAAGGGGGUUCCUGUUCCUGUUCUUGUUCUUGUUAUUGUUCUUGAGAGCUGAAUGGGUAUUUGUAACUUUGAGCAAUUUGAUGAGGAUUUGGCGAAAAGGGUUUUCACAUAAGGGGAAGAUUAAGGGAAUUAGGAUCUACAGCUUGGUGUUCUUGAGCUGUGGUGGGUGGAUAUGCGAAACGUAAUACGUUUCAUGUUCUUGUUCUUCUUGUUCUUGUUGUGUUUUGAGCCAACAUUUCAACAGGCGAGUUUGAGAACUGAGCGUGUAGCUCUUCUCAACCUCAGAUCGUCUCUGGGUUUGAGGAGCAGGGAUUGGCCUAUCAAAGCUGACCCUUGCUCUGUUUGGAAUGGUAUCAAUUGUCAAAAUGGUCGAGUUAUUGGUAUCAAUAUCUCUGGGUUUCGAAGAACUCGUAGUGGUAAUCUAAACCCACAAUUUGUUGUUGAUUCUUUGGCUAAUUUGACUCUUUUACAGUCUUUUAAUGCUUCUAAGUUCUUGCUUCCGGGUGUAAUUCCUGAUUGGUUUGGCUCAAGGCUCAAGUCUUUGCAAGUUCUUGAUCUUCGUUCUUGUUCUAUCAUUGGUUCUAUUCCAUUGAGUUUUGGAAAUUUGACAAAUCUAGCUAGUUUGUAUCUCUCCAAGAACAAGCUUAAUGGGACGAUUCCUUCAAGUUUUGGUCAACUUGUUCAUCUUUCUGUGCUUGAUCUUUCGCGUAAUGAGCUCACUGGAUCUGUUCCUUCGUCGAUUUCAUCUCUUGGGAACCUUUCUUUUCUCGAUCUUUCUUCGAAUCGUUUAGAUGGGUCGAUUCCUUCCCUCAUUGGGUCCAUUAGGAAGCUUCAGAAUUUGAACCUUUCCAGAAAUGAUAUCACUUCUUCAUUGCCUGCUUCACUUGGGGACCUCAAUAGAUUAGUAGACCUCGAUCUCAGUUUUAACGAAUUGUCCGGGCUGCUACCUCGAGAUUUGAGAGGCAUGAGCAGCCUGGAGAGAAUGAUAAUUGGGAACAAUCUACUUGGUGGAUCAUUGCCAGAAGGUUUGUUUACUUCUCUUAGACAAUUGCAGGCAUUGGUUCUCAAGGAUAAUAACUUUACCGGUGCAGUUCCCGACGUAUUGUUCUUGUCGCCUGGAUUGCGUCUUCUCGACAUGUCUGGAAAUAGUUUCACUGGUAUGCUGCCUAACUCGAGCUUUGCUUUGAAUUCAACUGAUGGAACAUUGAAUAUAUCUCGAAACAUGUUUUACGGUAGCCUCAUGCCAGUUAUAGGACGAUUCAGGGCUGUUGAUUUAUCGGGAAAUUAUUUUGAAGGCGGAGUUCCGAACUUUGUACCAAGGGAUGCUACUCUUGAGAGUAAUUGUCUUCAAAAUGUAUCUAGCCAGAGGACACUGGCUGACUGCUCCUCAUUUUAUACUGAAAAAGGCCUUAGUUUUGAUAACUUUGGCGAACCGAACUCCAAACAACCUUCGUUAGUCGAAAAAACUGGCAAGAACAAUAAAAGGGUAAUCGUAUUGGCGAGCGUAUUAGGAGGGGUUGGAUUUAUUGUCCUUCUGGUGUUGCUGGUGAUGCUGGUUCUAUAUAUUGGUGGCAAGAGAGCGUCGAGGAAUCAAAGGGCGGUCAGUGUAGGACCAAUACCCCCUGGCAGUAACGAACCGCCUCCAGGCUUAUCGAUUAACUUUGCAAGUUUAGGUGAUAGGUUUACAGAUAAACAGCUUCUUCAGGCUACUGGUGGCUUUAGCGACGAGAACUUGAUCAAACUCGGCCACUCUGGUGAUCUAUUUCAUGGUGUCUUGGACAAUGGGGCCGAUGUCGUUAUAAAGAAGAUCGACCUGCGGAAGGUUAAGAAGGAAACCGAACUAGUGGAAUUGGAUUUGUUUGGUAAGGUGUCACAUACAAGAUUGGUUCCUCUUUUAGGACACUGCCUAGAUAAUGAGCAUGAGAAGUUCUUGGUUUACAAAUAUAUGCCAAACGGAGACUUGGCCAGUUCUUUGGUCAGGAAAACUAAUGUUGAUGAUGAAAAUAUUCAGUCUUUGGAUUGGAUAACAAGGCUUAAAAUUGCUUUGGGAGCUGCAGAGGGUCUUGCUUAUAUGCAUCAUGAUUGUUCUCCGCCGCUCGUUCACAGAGAUGUUCAAGCUAGCAGUAUACUUCUUGAUGAUAAAUUCGAAGUACGACUCGGGAGCUUGAGUGAAGUUCGUGCCCAAGACGGGGACAGCCACCAGAAACGAAUGUCCAGGUUGCUUCGGUUGCCACAGUCAUCUGAGCCAGGUUCUUCUGGGACUCAGACAUCAGUAUGUUCCUAUGAUGUUUACUGUUUUGGGAAGGUGUUAUUAGAGCUAGUGACAGGCAAGGUGGGCAUCAGUGCUACUCCUGAUACCCAAUUGAAGGACUUUUAUGAUCAAACAUUCCCAUACAUCAGCAUCCACGACAAAGAAUUGGUGAGCAAAAUCAUCGAUCCGAAUCUGAUUGUCGAUGAAGAUUUCCUCGAGGAAGUGUGGGCUAUGGCUGUUGUCGCGAAGUCAUGUCUGAAUCCAAGGCCUUCGAGACGACCCCAGAUGAGAUACAUCCUGAAAGCUUUGGAGAAUCCUUUAAAGGUCGUGAGAGAAGAAAGUUCAGGUUCGGCAAGGCUACGAGCAACUUCUUCACGAAGCUGGAAUGCAGCUUUGUUCGGGAGCUGGCGACAAAGCCUAUCAGAUCUAACGGUUGUACCAGCUGCUGCCACAACAACGUCAAGAGCCGUGGGAGGUAGCUUCAAACACUCAGGAACUUCAGGUUCACAAGGAAGUGGCCAGAACAACAGCGGUGAAGCUUCACGGAGAAGGCAUUCAAAGGAAAUAUUCCCCGAGCCACCAGACGAGCAAGGCGAGAGAGGCGAGUAUCAUUACUAGUAAAGAAAAUUCAUUGAUCUUGAUUGAUUCUUUGUCAAUAACAAACACAGCAGCAGGCCAUUCCAAUUGAGAGAGCCUGAUAACUGCUCGACCUGGCGGGUUGUUGCUUUCGGGUUUCGUAGUUGGAGAGGAGAGGGCGGCCGACGCCCCGAGCUUUCUGCCAUGGAAAUUUGUCAUUCUUUGAGAAAUGUAUGGGUCUUUUGUUGUUGGUGAUUUUAUGUUUUGUGGAAGGCAUGGGGCCUUCAAGCUUUCUGUAGGCGUUUCUUGUUCUUGUUUGUUCUCAUUAUUAUUAUUUUAUACCUUUUUUUGUUCCA